AUGGCUGAAUAUCAGAGGCGGCUCUUAGAGCAACUUAUGGGCAAAGAUGCCCUUAUAUCGCCCGCUGUGAGACGUCGAGAAACGCUAAUGUCAGACCAUCGAGUCUGUAAGAGUUUCCUUGUAGGUACAUGUCCUCAUGAUUUGUUUAUAGGAACCAAGCAAGAUAUAGGGAAAUGCCCACUACUUCAUCUAGAGAAGCAUAAACUAGAGUACGAAUAUCUCACGAAGAAGAAGGGACAACAGUUUCCGGAGUUCGAGUACGAUUAUUACGUUAACCUUCAGCGUUAUAUUAAAGAUAUAGAUAGAACGAUAGAGACUGCAUUGAAAAGAUUAGAGCAUACACCUGAAGAAAAGGCCAAAAUUGCAGCUGUAACUAAGGAAUUAGAUAGUCUUGACAUCCAAAUAGGGCUUAUGACCCAAGAAAUUGACUGUCUUGUUGAAGUCAACCAAAACUUGAAGUCCCUAUACGAAAGUGUCAAGUUGAAUGAGCUCUGCAAGAAAAGAGAGGAGCUAGCAGAACAGGCCAGGAACUUAGUGGAAAACGUUGGGCAGUCAGCACAACAGAAGCUUCAAGUUUGUGAACAAUGUGGUGCAUAUUUGUCUAGAUUGGAUAGUGACAGACGUCUUGCUGACCAUUUCAUUGGUAAGAUCCACUUGGGGUACGUUCAGAUGAGGAGUGCGUACGAAGAGUUGCACUCCAAGUUCAAGUCUUACAGUUGA